AUGGAGGCUCAUUCACUCGCCAAGAUAAAUCUGCUGGCGGCGAAUCCCCCCAAUUAUCCCGAAAACCCAUCAGAAGAGAUACAGCAACCCUUGACCCUCUACAUUUCCAGAGUCCCGGGCGUCAGAGAUGUGAUCCUCUCAACCUUCAAACCGCGGCUGAAAAAUGUCACCAUUGAAGAUGUUACCGGCAGCCUCUACUAUGUCCACCUCCAACUUCCCAUGCUGGGCAUGGACGCCCCUCAGCCACUGAGAGAGGAGUCUCAAGGCAGGUCCAGUGAGGAGAGCUACAUGACAAGGACCAUUGCCCGAAAGCCGGUGCCUGGCGUUGCCCCUGAGAUCUCGAUACAAGGAGAUCAACCACAAUAUCCCCCAAGCAUCGGUGACCCAUUACCUGCGCGUCCGAGUGAUUUCAAUGCGCCUUUCAACUCGAGGGACGUCGACUAUGCGCCCCCUCUGCCUCCCAGACGCCUUGAUGAUUCGGGCUUGGGGCUCUCAGACAGCUCCUCCGAGCUGAAUCCCCAACAAGCACCACAGCAACUACGCGCAUCUGCUCCUAGACGCAAGCCCGUCGGGCCAAGGCAGCAGAGUGAUGUAUCCCAACCCCGCCUCUCCAUGGACGACACAGCGCGAUCCAGGGAGCCAACCAGAGACGGGGCAUAUACCGCCGGCCAUACAAGGCAGAGCCGCUCCCUGUCUCCGCUGAAAAGCACCGAUUCCUCUACGCCACCGUUUACUUUGAAUCUCAUAAGAAGGGAUCCAGGGAGGGGUGAUCAAUGGAAUGUGGGCAUAAUCUCAUCCUACGAGGUGCCUCCCCUAGCCGGAGAGUCUGGCGCACAUCUCUCCGCCUCACCAGAACGCCGCUCUCCGCAGCACCCGUCCAUCGACAUACACAUCCAGAAUGCAGGAUACGCCAAGUUCCGCACGAGGCCGUCGAGCGCUAUGCGUCCUAGGCGGAGCAUGGAUGCCGAUCGAUCCUUGGCGGACAUGGCCGGGCCGCAAGACGGCCACAGUUUCUACAGACAAGUCACCAUGGCCUACUCGCGAAGCCUGGGCUCUGCCAUGCGAUCCAAGUUUUACCAGGUCGGGCAGGCAGUGCGCAAGAAGGCGCACAACCGCGAGGGCAGCGAGGCAUCGGUCAACUCUGUAAGCUCGGGAGAGAAGAGCGGGUCGCCGACGUCUUCGCGGCCCGACAGGAUGAAGCCGCGGGGGUACACCUUUACGAGCCCCUGGGGCGGAAGAUGCGAGUUUCGCACGGGCAAUGGCGGCCGAAGCCUGCUGUGCUACCAUUUCCUCCACGAGGGCGAAGUCGGGAGCUUCAACCCGCUGGUCCCGGAUUCCAACCCGUCCAAGUCCACGUCGGCCGUCGUCAGCGAGCUGCGCUUCAACCUGCCGGGCUCCGAUCUCUUUCCCACUGGCGAUGCGUCCAAGGGGGACGGUGAGAACCGGCUGGGCCAUUUCGGCAAGAUCAUCAAGUCGGCCAUGGACCGCUCCGAGUACAGGGACGACGACGAUGUCAUGUCGCCCUUUGACCUCAACAUUGGAGGCGAGAAAGCGGGAGGAGGCAAUCGCGGCACGCGGGCCAAGCUGGGGAAGCUCAUCAUCUACCACGAGGGGCUGAAGAUGCUGGACUUGCUGGUGGCGGCUAACAUGGGCGUGUGGUGGGGGUCCUGGGAGAAGAGUUUCUGA